CUACCGUUAGUCAAGCCCACCCACCAGCACAGAGACUUUGUUCUCACAAACCACCGCCAGCUCAAAGAGAGAAGGAAAAGCAGUAGCAUCUCCUCCUGCAUUGACAUGGGCACCUAUUUGACAAGGUCCCUGACGACAGUGCUUCUGUGGCCAGGACUUUUGGUCUUCCUCUCCCUGCCCCUGAUGCAGUCAUGUGAAAAUGGAAAGCCCCGCGAGUGUGCCGAAGCUGAAUUUGCUCCAGGAUCCAAUCUGGCCGGCGAAGGCUUCGACAUCACCACGAUGCAGCGAAAGGGGGCCUUUGUCAUCGACAUGACACGAUGGAAGCUGAAGGACAAAACCUGCACCCUCUGCAGAAACCCCUACAUGGAGGGGAAGAAGCAGAAGCUGCCGCUUUCAGUGGUCGACUGGAGACCCAGCCAGAAGUGCACCAUGAAGUUAUCCAGUUCACUUUACCAGUCCAGCGAAUCCCUGCUCAGCUCCAGCACCUCUGCUAUCGAAAACAACUGGGGCAUAAACCUGGGAAUCAAUGUAAAGAAGGUUGACGCAUCGCUGGCGAUGGCCGGCACUAACUCCAAGCUGGCUGAGUAUUCAAUGGAGAAAACCAAAAAGGACAGAUUCAACUUUGCCAGUCAAAGCAUUUCCUGUGGAUAUUACACUUACAGGGUUUCCAACAAGCGUAUUCUCCAUCCUGAGUUUAAACGCUCUGUGAAUCAGCUACCCAAGCAGUACAAUGCCCAGUUCAAGCCACGUUUCUACAAGCUUAUUGACAACUUUGGCACACACUUCAUCACCAAGGUAACCCUUGGAGGGAAAGUCCACUCCGUGACCAGUAUCAAGCAGUGUCAGGCAGCCUUGCAGGGCCUGAGCGCGGAUGAAGUAAAGAUAUGCCUUGACGUGGAGGCGUCUGCCAGCGUGGCGGGAAAGGCUAACGCGAAAGCAGACAUGAAGCAUUGUGACGAAGCCAAGUCCAAGACAGAGAGUAAAGGCAGUUUCUCCAGCAACUUCAAUGACAGGUUCACGGAGAUAUAUGGCGGCCACACCACUGAGCCCGAGCUCCUCUUUUCUGCAGAUAAGGACCCAGGUGCCUAUAAGGAGUGGCUGUCCACCCUGCCCCAACAGCCAGAUAUCAUCUCCUAUUCGCUAGAGGCUCUUCAUGAGCUGUUGCCCCCCAAUAAUCCAGUCCGAAAGCACCUGCGCCAAGCCGUCCACGACUUCAUCCUGGAGAAGUCACUGUGGAGAAACUGCUCUGAACCCUGCAUGGCCGGCGUCAAACACAAUCCCAAGGAGCCUUGCAUCUGCACCUGCCGGAACAACCCCGGGGUGACUCCUGACUGCUGCCCGUCUAAACGUGGCCUCGCUCGGGUGAAGGUCACCAUAGAAAGAGCAUCCGGUUUAUGGGGGGACCACACGACACAAACAGACGGGUAUGUGAAAGUGUUUGACAAAAACAAAAUGGAGAUCGGACGCACCCCCGUUAUCUACAACAACAAUUCACCCCACUGGGGCAUGCCCUUUGAUCUGGGUGACAUCAUUCUGACAGACCACAACUCUCUGAGGCUGGAGGUGUGGGACGAAGACAGCAAAUGGGACGAUGACCUGCUGGGAGCUUGCGUGGUGGACGUAAAAGCAGGUGAGAUCCAGAAUUUCUGUAAGUUAGAUAACGGUGAGCUCUAUUACAAAAUACAGGUAGUGUGCGCCCCAAGCCUAGCCGGUCCAUCUUGCACAGAUUAUGUAGGAUCUCCUAUGAAUAACAAUCUGGAGAAGGUGUAUGUGUCUCGCCAUGCUCGCCUCGUCCCAAAGGAAAUGCUGCUGAAAAUGGGGGUUACUUUGGAGGAGUUUCACUUCACUGUCAAUCAGAAGGCAAACAAUACUGCUGAGAUCAUCCUGUAGCUCGGCAAGAAGAUUACAGCGGCUUUUUCUACUGUCCUUUAUAGAAACCGUUGCUGUACAAAGGAAAACAACUUUGCAGAUUUUUAGUUUUUUGCAUCAUUUCAAUACAGUGGUUGUCCUUUACAUUGUGUGAAAUUUUUAUGAUCAGUGGACCAAUAGAAAUGCUCUAAAACUACUUGCAAUAAAAUAUGUUCACAUUGACUUACAAUAAAAGUAAAGAUCUUUUUUGCACUCUCCUUAAAAGUUAACAUUUUGGAAAUACUUGUUUUUCUUUAGGGAGUGAUGAUAUAUAACAUCUCUUAUUGAUACUACACUGCAAACAAAUACAUUAACAAGUGAAAACUUCCCAAACGUAGUCAAUAAAUCUAAUAUUUCUCAUUAUGUAAGAAUAUUAUAAGAUUUUUUCCAUCUGUUUCUGUAAUUUUUUACUGCUUUUAAGUGAUUUUAUCUAGUGAAAGUGUCUUAUUCAAUUGGCAUAUUGUUUUACUUGUUUCGAGAAAUACUGCUAAAAACAAGCAACAUGAUCUGCCAGGCAUUUUUAUAAGAUGAAAACUGCUUAAAAGCGAGUAAAAAUGUCUAUAAGUUAAAUAAUCUCACAGUCUCAUAAUCAGAAAUAUUAUAUUGGCUACAUUUAAGAUGUUUACACUCACUAAAAUGCCAUUUUUGCAGUGUAGGAUAACUUUUAGAUCACGUUUAGUUCUUUGAAUUGUAAAAAUGAAGAACUUUGUAACUGCAUCAAACCUAAAUGGCACUGUGCAUAUUUUCAUCUACUUUUUAUAACCACCAGAAAUGGUCAGUGGACAAUUCUGAUUAUAUACAUUGUUACAAGCCAAGGAAUCACUAACCUGUAGCGUUUUCAAAGAAUAUAUAAAAUCUGCUGAUCUGUGGUUCUUCAGUGAUAACAUGUGUUCUGGUCUUUAACUUUCUAGAAUGGUUUAGUGAGGUUGCAGUACAGAAGAGAUAGGCUUUAUAUAUUUAUACAGAUGCUAAGCAGAAGCUUUAAUUAAAACCUAUUCCUGUUUUGCUGUAUAAGAGUUGAUAAGUGUCUUUAAAUGAACAUUUUAUGACCCGUGUAUAAUUUAUUCCUUUGCCUUGUGUUAUUCCAGAUAAAUAAAGACUGUGUGCAUAAAUCAG